CUAACUCAUUUCUUGGACCGUAUUACUUUCUGGGUUUCUAACCCUCCGAUUCCAAACACUUUUUUCACAUCGUUGCCCGGUGCGCUACUCCUUAAAGAAUUUCUCUCUUUGAUUUUAUAUCGCUCCCCGCAAGGCUCUUCUAUAGUCUCUAUAAGGAUCAUAUUUAGAUUCAAUUAAUCUAAUUCUUCGUUAGAUUUAUUCUAUUUGUUACAAUUUCUAUUCGGUAGCUCAGAUUUUUCUUUCCUUUUUGCUUUCAAUUUCAAAUUCCCUACAUUGCAAUCGUUUUCUGAAAUCUACGGUUGACUUCUAGGGUUCCAAUUCCCCAUUUUUUUAGGGUUUUCUUAUUGGGUUUCUUGUUAAGUAUUGGGUUUUUGUUAAUUUUUUGAAAGGUCCAAGAUUGUUAGGUGGGAUAUAUAUAUAUUUUUUUUCUGGGUAUUGUUUAGUACUUGGUGUUAGGGGAUUGAGUUUCCAACCCUUUAAUUCAGGCUCAGGGUCAGAUUUUUUUAUGGCAUUUGAAUGCCAAGAGAGCAUUGAGGUUUCUGAGAAAUUGGUAGAUUAUUUAGAAGAUUAUUGUGAAGAAGGUAGCGGAUCAAAUCAGUUCGCUCCGAAUACCAAAAUUGAAAGUAUUGAGAUUUCUGAAGUAACAUCAGAUAUCAGAGUCGACACGGAAAGAAUUGCAAUAUCAAAACCUGGAUCAGAAUAUAAGUCUAAGAAGGGAAUUUCAGAAGGUUGUAGUGGGAAAACAUUUAAUGAAGUUUACACCAAUUGUCGUCGAUCAAUUGCUGACCUUCCCCCGGCAUUGAUAUCAGAGAUUCUGAACUGCCUUGGUCCAAAGGAGCUUGGUAUCAUUUCAUGUGUAUCAAGAAAUCUGUGUAGCCUUGCAUCGGAGCACCAUGUUUGGAAAGAGUUCUAUUGUGAGAGGUGGGGCCUGCCAUCAAUUCCAGAACAUUUGGAUUCAGAAAUUUCUGAGAAGUCAUGGAAGGAAAUAUUUGUGGAAAGGGAUUUUAGAAGUAAGACGUUUAUGGGACGUUAUAGUAUAGAUGUUCUCUAUGGUCACACUGAAGCUGUUCGCACAGUUUUCCUUCUGGCUUCAGCAAAGCUGAUAUUUACUUCAGGUUAUGACUCUGUUGUUCGAAUGUGGGACAUGGAAGAAGGUUUGGCCAUUGCAUCAUCACGUCCCCUUGGUUGUACUAUCCGUGCAGUUGCAGCAGAUACGAAACUGUUGGUUGCUGGUGGUACUGAUGGUUUUAUUAACUGCUGGAGGGCAGUGGAGGGGCAUCCUCACUUGUUUGAGAUUAGGGGUCCUCAGAACCAGAAUGUUGAAUUCCGUCUGUGGGAGCAUGAGGGUCCUAUAACUUCUCUUGCUUUGGAUCUUACAAGGAUUUAUAGUGGAUCGUGGGACAUGACUGUUCGAGUAUGGGAUCGCACCCUGUUGAAGUGCGUAAAGGUCUUGAGGCAUAAUGACUGGGUGUGGGGUUUGGUCCCUCAUGAUACUACAGUUGCUAGCACAUCCGGUUCAGAUGUAUAUGUUUGGGAUACCGCUAGUGGGGCUCGAAUGACUGUUAUUCGUAAUGCCCAUGCAGGUAACACUUACUCUAUAGCUCGAAGCCACACUGGGGAUUUCCUUUUUACAGGAGGGGAGGAUGGUGCAAUACAUAUGUUUGAAAUCUCAAGUACUUGCCACGAGACCAACACUUUUCCGGUAGCAACAUGGAUGCCUCAUUCAGGUCCUGUGUAUUCCCUGGCAUUUGAGUUUCCAUGGCUUGUGUCGGCAUCUAGUGAUGGGAAGCUGUCGCUAGUUGAUGUCAGAAAGCUGCUUAGGUGUAGCAAGCAAACUUUAGGAAAGAGUAAGUUAAAGGUUAAACCAGGGAACCAUAGUACUGUGGAGCCCCCUCAAAGGAUGUUACAUGGUUUUGGGAACAAUCUCUUUUCAGUGGACAUUGGCGCUGAUCGUAUUGUGUGUGGAGGCGAGGAGGGUGUGAUCAGGAUCUGGAAUUUUUCACAAGCUUUAGAAAUUGAGCAGAGGGUUCGUGCUCUAAAAGGAAUACGAUUAGAGAACAGGAUGAGAAGACGAAAGCUCCAGUUAGAGAUCAGUAGUAAAGGUGGCCGCAAUGAUCAAUGUUCAUUUGCAGCCAAGAAGAAUUCAGUUAACAGCGAUAGGAGUGGUGUUUGGUAUAAUAAACGGGGGACGAGUGGCAAGCUGAAGGCAUAGUAGCAAAUAAUAGAAACUGCAUGCCUUCAAGCCUGUAUACAAUUUCUAGUUUUAGUAGAUAAGGGUUUAUUGAUAGUAGUUCUUUUCUUUCUUUAGGGGGGCUUUGUUGUAUUCUGAUGGUUGCCACUACAUGUCUUUAAUAAUGAUCUCAAAGUUAACUUAUGAGCUUUUAA